GUCAGUGAGAAUCAAUUCGGUGAUAGUUUAUUUUAUUUACCUAAUAUAGAUCUAAUUGUUCUGUUUGGUAAUAUUUGACUAUACAAUUCAGAAAUAUGUCUGCUGCGCCACCAUUUUGCCAUCUUAAAAAGCUGAAUAAGUUACGUGUGCUUCCAAGUUUGGCGGAAUGUCAGAAGACUGAAUUAUUAAGUCGUUACCGGUACCAGAAAAACACUGGAUUAUCUGGAUUCGCAAUAAAUCAACUUCAGCUGAGGUUCAUCAAAAGUUUUAAUAAAGCAAAAGAAGAUAAUGACAUUAAUCAGUUUCACUCAAAGACAAAAAUUUUUAACGCAUUAUAUUCCGCCAUAACACCUUUCUCUUUCACUAAAAGAAGUCUACAUACAAGUCAUUUAUCUAGAAUGGCAUAUCAAUCUGCAAACAAAACUUUUCAUGCAGUGGCCCUGAAUUUAACCCAAACACAUCCUUCACAAAAUAUAACUCGCCGUAAAGUGAGUUUGCCAGUUAUAAGACACUUCCACUCAACUGAACAGAAUUUUGACAAGGCAGCAGAUAGCUAUGUAAAUCCUAUCGAUAGUCUGCAGGAGCAUGUAGAAGUUCCGCUUCUACCAGCAGAGAAUAUUUUAUUUAAUCCUAGUUUAGAAGAGAUGAAAGCCUCAGAAGAAAUAUUUGUACCUAAAGUUAUUCAUCCUAUACAACAUCUUAAAAGUGUUGUUAAACUUGAUCGCCUACCAGAGCUGCCACAACCAGAGGUUGCGUUUAUUGGAAGGAGUAAUGUUGGGAAGUCUUCGCUGAUUAAAUAUCUAUUUCGCCAAGUUCCUGAUGUUGAUGUUAGAACAUCCAAAAAACCUGGUCAUACGAGAGUGUUACAGAUGUUUAAAGUUAGUAACUGUUUUACGUUAGUUGAUAUGCCAGGGUAUGGUUAUAACAUGCCAGAUCAUUUCCACAAAUCCGUCGAACAAUAUCUUAAAACUAGAAGACGAUUAGUGAGAACGUUUCUAUUAAUAGAUGCAUCAGUUGGUCUGACCAACACAGAUGAAAUAGGUUUAAAUAUGUUGGAGGAAUUCGGGAUACCUUACGUGAUAGUUUUAACAAAGGUAGAUAAAUCUGGUGAUUAUAAACUAGUGAAGAAUGUGAUGGACAUCAUAUCAAAAAUAAAACAACUGUCUUCUAACUACUGUUUACCUCAACCAUUUCUUCUUAGUUCUAUUACCGGAGAAGGUUUUGCGUUAUUCCAGUGUUUUAUUUGCUAUAUAACUGGUAGUGUAGAAAUCGCUGACAAACACAGUGAAUAAACUUACCGGUAUACAUCAAACAAUCCAUGUCUCUCUCUCUCUUGGGUGAUAAACACAGUCAAUAAACUUAUACAUCAAAUAAUCAACAUUAGUUCAGGUUUUUUUUGUAUCAUGUGGGAUCUACAUGAUAUGGUCAAAAUGGUAAAUAAAUGUAUAUAUCUAACAGUC